ACACCUUCCUUAAUCCUUAUUCUCCCCGAACCCAUUUCCGACAACAUCCUUAAUCCCCCACCCAUGGCACCCAAACACCCCUCCACCGGUGCCGGAAAACCCACCACCACCGCCGUCAACGUCAACACAAAAGAACCACAUUUUCGAGGCGUACGGAAGCGGCCAUGGGGCCGGUACGCAGCAGAGAUCCGUGAUCCCGGCAAAAAGACACGUGUCUGGUUGGGAACAUUUGACACGGCGGAGGAGGCGGCUAGGGCUUACGAUACGGCGGCGCGUGAGUUUCGUGGUGCUAAAGCCAAAACUAAUUUUUCGACUCUUGAAGAUGCUGGUUUCUUGAAACUGAACCUAAAACACGGACCGGGUCAACGCAGUCCGAGUCCGUCUAGUACGCUUGAGUCACCGAGUCACGACCGAGUUCCGGUUUUGGACCUCAACCUAUCGUACGACGUCGUUCAGUUUCCAAACCACCGGUUCUCAACCUACCCCGGUGCUGGUUUUUACACCCCCCCGGAAAACCAGAUGGUCUAUUUCGACCGGGUUUUCCGGCCGGCCGCCAGCGUGUCAAAAAGUGACGAUUCUAACUCGUCAACGGUGGUUGACUUGAACCCACCGCCGUCGUCGCCGCCGGGACGCGUGGUCAUCGAUCUUAAUUUUCCGCCGGCGGCAGAAGAUUAUUAUUGAUUUGGAUAUACAUCAUCAACUCGUAGUUACUAAUAUUAUAUUUUUACUAGGAAUACGACGUCGUUUACCGGUCGGAUCGAUUGAUAUCUAUCGAUUAAGUUUUUUGCAGCAUGUAGAGAAUUAGACUUUGAAGUGUAAUUUUCUUGAAUUGUUGUUCGGUAACGUGGCGUUGAUCAUGCAGUUUUUGUUCAGUGGAAAUUCCGGUGACUUUUUCCGAUGUGUUUUUGUCUUAUAGUUUUUAUUAAUAAUCUGUUCAUGUUGGGUUUAUUUA